AUGACCCCGCCAACAGAACUCGAUGCUGCGGCACCAGGGAGCAUCGUGCGGAUUCGAAAGGCGCCGGGAAACUUGACGGCCGCUGUCACUAACAGCUCUGAGGCUUUCAAUAUUCUCUACCGCACUACAGAUAGUCGUUACGAGCCCACCUGGGCAGUCGCAACACUCUUCGUGCCUAUCGCCCCGGCGACAGCUUCAAUAUUACUCUCUUAUCAGAUUGCAUACGAUUCAGUUGACGUCAAUGGGAGUCCUUCCUACACCCUCUACACCGGCAGCGAGCAGCCCGAUAUUGAAUGGGCACUGGGCCGCGGACGGCAUGUACUAACAGGCGACUAUGAAGGUCCCCUGGCCUCUUUCACUGCUGGUGUUAUGUCCGGUCAUGCUGUACUAGAUGGUGUUCGGGCUGUACUCUCCUCUGAUUGCAAGGGGGCGUUGGGGUUCUCAGAUUCAGUUCGGUAUGCCUUGUGGGGAUACUCAGGAGGUGCGUUGGCGAGCGAAUGGGCCACUGAGCUCCAAGUUCAGUAUGCCCCAGAGCUAUCAUUCAGUGCAGCUGCUCUUGGUGGAUUGACGCCAAACGUCACGAACAUCCUCAGUCUCGUCGAUGAUACAGUUAGUGCGUCUUUGAUUCCUGGCUGGUUACUGGGUGUGACCAGCCAGUUCCCCGAUGCGCGGGAGUAUCUCAUCAGUGUGCUCAAGAAGGAUGGUCCCUACAAUGCCAGCACCUUCCUCGGGUUUGCUGACUCAACUUCGUCUGCCGCCACUUUUGUUAACCAGGAAAUGGGCAAAUAUUUUGUGCAUGGGCUUGCAGAUCUAGAGGCACCUCUAAUCAAGCGCGUAACGUAUAGUGACGGCAUAAUGGGCUACCACGGCGUUCCUCAGAUGCCUGUCUAUGCUUACAAGGCUAUACAUGACGAGCUAAGUGCCGGUGUCGAUACAGACAAGCUGAUUGAGAGGUAUUGCGAGGUGGGCGCCUCAAUUUACUAUACGAGGAAUACUGUAGGCGAUCAUGUUGGCGAGUACGUUGCUGGUGACCCGAGAGCACGGGCGUGGCUGGUCUCGGUCAUGGAGCAAGGACACGUCGAGGUUGGAUGUCGGAUCGAGACCAUUACUGAUCCAGCUUCUUAG